CACCAAGUAUUAGUGACAUUGCCCCGCAACCUCAUACCGUAGAUAACCGUAUUCGCAUCCCCUUCUCACAUGCGCCAAAUCACAUUUUCCAACGCCUCGCGAUGUCCACCCGUGUCUUGGUAACAGUGCCAAUCUUCUCUUUGCAGCGGAUUUAUGCCCCGCAGUGCCGAAUACAGUUGGAUCCACAGGGGCAGGUGCCCCAUAACACACCAGGUGGCCCCCGACCAACGAAACAUCAACUCACCAACUACACAGCACCAUGAAUGCCACCGAAUCACCACCAGGCUCAUCAGUGCUUUACGCGUACCUGCAACUCGCGCUUCAGAACUGGCCACUGAUUCUGACCGGCUGGUUCGUGCUCAGCUGCGUGCGGAGCAUCUGGUUUCACCCACUUAGCCGCUUCCCUGGCCCUUUCUGGGCGAAGGUAACGCGCUGGUACUGGGUGAGGGUUCUCACCUCCGACAAGCAACACCUCAUCUUACAGGACCUCCACCGUCAAUACGGCCCUGUCGUCCGAAUCUCACCAAACUUCGUUAGUGUUUCCGACCACCGCGCCGCAAAGGUCAUCUACGGUCGCGGUCCCAAUGCGCUCGCGAAGAGCGAGCAGUUUGGCUCCAGCUUUGCGCCCGAUGUCGAGCCGCCAGUGUUCUUUGCCCGGACUCCGAAACUGCACCAGAUGACGAGAAAAAGGGUUGCAGGCGCGUACACCAUGUCGUCGAUUCUGGAGAUGGAGUCGAGUAUUACCGAGUUGGUGGAGGAGUUCAUGGGUCACAUGCGCAAGCACGCGAAGGAGGGGAAGGAUAUCGACUUUUGCGAGUGGGUUAAUCAUCUCAACUUCGAUAUCAUCAGCUCCCUCGGCUACGGCAAUGCAUUUGGGUUCAUGAGGACUGGUCAGGACGUUAAUGGAUAUGAGGAGGCGCUACAUGGCGGCACCCUCCUCUUCGCCAUCUUCGGAACGUUCGGCGAGCUCGAAAAGAUUUUAGGAUUCAUGAGCAGGACGUUGUUCAAGAUGCCGGCGGACAAGGGAAUUGGCCAUCUCAUGGCGCUCGCAGACAAGCUCAUCCGAGAUCGCGUCGAGAAUCCAACUUCAAGGAAAGAUCUACUGAAUCAUUUCCUAGCUGCAAAGCGUGAGGAUGGCAGCCCAUUACAACAUGGAACAGUCGUGGGAGAGGUUAUGGCUACACUCAUCGCCGGGGCCGACACAACCGCGGCCUCGAUCCAAGGCACUACUAAAUAUCUCAUCACGCAUCCGGAGGUGGCGGCGAAGCUCGUUGCCGAAAUCGACUCCUUCCGCGCCUCCGGCCAGCUCUCGGAUCCAAUCCAGUACAACGAGGCCGUCAAGUUCCCCUACCUCAAUGCAAUCAUCAAAGAAUCCUUACGCCUGUCUCCCUCCAUCGGCUCCAUCUUCUCUCGCAUUACUCCCCCGAGCGGCUUACACGUCCUUCCUGGCGUGUUCGUCCCCGGCGGUGCCGAAAUCGGCUGCAACAACUGGAUUAUUGGCCGUGACCAGAGCCUCUACGGCGAAGACGCCGAGGAGUUUAAGCCCGAGAGAUGGCUGGAGAAGAACUACGCCGAGUGGGAGUUCUCAUUUGGCGGAGGGAAUAGAGUCUGCAUUGGGAGAAAUCUGGCGCUCACGGAGAUUUAUAAGUUCAUCCCGACACUGUUCGGGAAGUUUGAGGUCGAGAUGGUCAAAGAUUGGGAUUCGGAGAAGGCGGGGCUGUUUCUGUUUAAGCAAGGGUUGAUGUUGAAGAUGAAGGAGAGAACGUUCGGAGGCGUGGAAGAGUGACGUUUCUUAUCAUAUCAUUCUAUAGCUGCGAAUAUUAAUUUUUGUUCUUCCG